AGCCCGGCCCCUCGGUGAAGCCGUGUUGCUCCACCGCUGCUCCCUCCGGCAGCUUCUCUCCCAUCCCGGGAGCGGUGGCGGUGCUGGUCCCCGGUUAUCCCGGGAUCCCGGUCCCCCCGGACCGGCCCGGGGAUGCGGUGGCUGUGCCCAUGGUGAGCCGCCGGCACCAUGCCGCCCCGCCCGCCCCCGACAUGUUCGAGGGCUGCCGGCGGGCGCGGAGCCUGUGGGGCGGCGUGAGGCUGGAGGUGGCCGGGGAGAACAGCCCCGUAGUGCUGCACAGCUUCACCCAGCUCGACCCCGACCUGCCGCCGCUGGAGAGCUCCACACAGGAGAUUGGAGAAGAGCUGGAGGAUGGUGUAAUCUACAGCAUAUCACUGCGCAAAGUGCAGCUCCAUCACACAGCCAACAAGGGGCAGCGGUGGCUGGGGUUUGAGAAUGAAUCGGCCUUAAACCUCUAUGAGACGUGUAAGGUGCGGACAAUAAAAGCUGGGACCUUGGAGAAGCUGGUGGAGUACCUGGUUUCAGCCUUCAAGGGCAAUGAUUCCACCUAUGUCACCAUCUUCCUGUGCACUUACCGGGCCUUUGCCACCACCAAGCAAGUGCUGGACCUGCUGCUCAACAGGUAUGGCAAACUGCAUGUGCAGACAAACGGGGACCACGCCAGGCACGUUGUGGACGAGAGGAUGGAGCUGAAGAACACCAUCUCCUCCAUCCUGGGCGCCUGGCUGGACCAGUACUCAGAGGACUUUCGCAAACCCCCAGACUUUGCCUGCCUCAAGCAGCUCAUCUCCUACGUGCGCCACAACAUCCCUGGUUCAGACCUGGAACGCCGAGCCCGCAUCCUUCUGUCCCAGUUCCAGCAGCAGGAGCAGAGCGAGGCUGAAGCAGAAGGUGGGGAUGGUUCCCUGCUCGUGGAGAUGUCAGGGUCUGUAGGGAGCUUCAGAUGUCUCCACGUGGCUGGACAUGGAGCUGUGGACCAUGGUGGCUGCACGUUCCAGCUGGUGGAGGAGAACGGGGUCGGGGAUGGGAAGUCGGAUUUCCUCUCCUUCUCCCCUGAGAUGGUGGCAGAACAGUUCACACUCAUGGAUGCUGAACUGUUUAAGAAAGUGGUGCCUUACCACUGCUUGGGCUGCAUCUGGUCCCAGCGAGACAAGAAAGGCAAAGAACACCUGGCACCCACCAUCCGUGCCACGGUCUCGCAGUUCAAUAGCGUGGCCAACUGUGUCAUCGCCACGUGUCUUGGGGAUCGGACCCUGAAGCCACAGCAGAGGGCUAAAGUGGUGGAGCGGUGGAUCGAAGUGGCUCGGGAAUGCCGCAUCCUGAAGAACUUCUCCUCACUCAGAGCCAUCCUUUCAGCUCUGCAGUGCAACGCUGUGCACCGGCUGAAGAAGACCUGGGACGAGGUCCUGCGGGAGAGCUUCCGCACUUUCCACGAGCUCUCAGAGAUCUUCUCCGAUGAGAACAACCAUUCCUUGAGCCGAGAGCUGCUUAUUAAGGAAGGCACAUCCAAAUUUGCCACCUUGGAAAUCAACCCAAAGAGGGCCCAGAAGCGGCAACAGCAGCAGCGAGAGAUGGGUGUGAUGCAGGGCACCAUUCCCUAUCUCGGCACCUUCCUCACGGACCUGGUGAUGCUCGACACCGCUAUGAAGGAUUUCCUGGACGGAGGGCUGAUCAACUUUGAGAAGAGAAGGAAGGAGUUUGAAGUCAUCGCCCAGAUCAAGCUGCUUCAGUCAGCCUGCAACAACUACAGCUUCACUCAGGAGGAUCAUUUUGUGGACUGGUUCCACAGCCUGGAGCGGCUCAGUGAGGCUGAGAGCUAUGGGCUGUCAUGCGAGAUUGAGCCACUGUCCGAGUCAGCCAGCAACACACUGAAGGCGAAGAAGAACACAGGAAUCAUCAAGCGAUGGAGCGACCGGCAGCCAGCCAGCACGGAGCCCUGUGCCAGCGGCAGCUCCCACUCCAAGUCCUUCGACCAGCUCAAGUGCGGGCAAUACCUGUGCAGUGGGGAUGCCACUGACUCAGUCAGCGUCACCUCCGCCGGCUCCAGCAGCUCCGAUGUGGAGGAGAUCAACAUCAGCUUCAUCCCUGAGUCCCCUGACUGUCAGGAGAAGAAGCACUCGUACACCCCGUCUGUGGCUGAUGGAGAAGCUAAACCAACUGUGUCCUCCGCAUCCCCUCUCCUCCCUGCCCUCCAGUUCUGGGAAUCCACCUCUCUCUCCUCCCUGGACACGUCGGGCAUCGGCUCGGGCUCCAGCAGUGCCUCAUCCUCCUCUGUCUCCUCCACACCGGUGACAGCAUCUCGCACUCACAAGCGCUCCGUCUCCGGCAUCUCUAGCUACUCGUCCCUCUCGCUGCCCCUUUACAACCAGCAGGUCGACGACUGCUGUAUCAUCCGUGUCAGCCUGGCUGUGGACAACGGCAACAUGUACAAGAGCAUCCUGGUGACGAGCCAGGAUAAGACACCGGUUGUUAUUCGCAAGGCCAUGGCCAAACACAACUUGGAUGGGGACCGGCCUGAAGACUAUGAGCUCGUUCAGAUCAUCUCAGAGGAGAGAGAGCUGAAGAUCCCCGACAACGCCAAUGUCUUCUAUGCUAUGAACUCCGCCGCCAACUACGACUUCGUGCUCAAGAAGCGGGGUUUCUCCAAGGGGGUGAAGAUCAAACACGGCUCCAGCUCCACCCUGCCCAGGAUGAAGCAGAAAGGCCUGAAGAUCGCCAAAGGCAUCUUCUAGCCUUAGCCCCACUGCCACCCCUCACCGACGGGGCCUUGGGGGCAGGCUGUAGGCAGGCCUGGUGCUGCUGGCAGAGCCAGGAGUGAUGCUCACCCGCACCGAGAGCUUCGGCACCCGGCAGCCCUUCCGCCUCUCUCUGCGCAAGCUCCCGUUUCAAUCAGGUCUUUUGUUUUUCUACACAGGAAGGCAGCAGGGAGGAAUUUCUCUCUCUUUUAUUUUGCUUUUUAAACCUUCCACGGUGCGACACUCGUCCAGCCACCGGCCUGCCCAGAGCAGGAGCCCACCUCUCUGCCGUAGGUGCCUUGUGUCCGCGCGAGCCGGGGAGCGGCGGCUUGGAGGGGCCCUUUGCGAGGAGCAGCCAUGAGCCACUGCCACGUGAGCUGGGAUGGGUGCUCCCCUUCUCGGCACUGGUUUACCUCCUUCCCUGGAUCACCUGGCAUUGCCACCGCCACCUGUCUGUGCCCUGGGAGAAGCUGUGCUGGAAAGGAUGCAGCCCCAUGCCGGUGCCUCGUGGACCAGGGCUGCUGUUGAUGACUGGAAGCUUCCACGUGGUCUCACUCCUCUCCCCAGUCCAGCUGCCGGCCCGCGUUCAAACCUGCACCAAAGAUCAAAUGCCAGUGUCCCUUCUGCAGGCAGGAAAGCUUUGCGUGCACCCCAGUGCCCCCAGAGCUGCCAGCCGAGCCAGGAGGAGGAGAGCAGACUGCUGUCCAGAUUUGUGUAAAUAGAGACCUUGUGUCUGCAUGGGCAGGCGAGGAGUCAGAGAGCUUGGGGUGCUCCGGCUGCCACCGCCUGACCCACAGGAAGUGCCACUCACCUUGGGCUUUAACCUGACUUUUCAAACACUGACUAUGGGAGAAGCAGCGAUGAGACUUCUUUUGUACAAAACAAAGAAAGGUUUUGGUUUGUUUUUUUUUUUUCAAUAUUUAUUGGUUGUAAAUAGAAGAGAUGAACUUGUACAUUUUACUAACCCAGAGUCCCCUGCCGUGCAGCCCAGUCCCUCUCCUGUUCCCCCCCCUGCUAUUUAAGGCUGCUGGGAGGGAUACUCACAGCAGCAGUGUUGCUCUGCCUUGCUCACACAACACCGCCUCCUCUGGCCUCCUCCCUUCCUCAUUUCUUUACCACUAGUCGCUCAAGCAGUGGCAGAAGCUUGUUUUAAUGACUGUAGGAAACACUAACCAAAGGGGGGACUUCCUUUUUUUUCUUCUUUUUGCCCCUGGACCUGCUGGCUCCAUUGCAUUUGAGCACUUCCUUCCAGCACAUCUUUUGUUUCCUGUCUGUCUGUGCUGCUGGGUGGUGGGGGGGAAACGUGUUCCAUGCCUCCAGGAGAGGGGCUGGGAUGUAGCAACACUGCACAGUGACACUCAGAGGAGCAGGACUGGUGGCAGAACCAGGUGGAGUGAGGCUCCUUGUUUCUAAGCAUGGUUGGCACUAGUUCUGCCAGCCCUCUUCCUCUUGGGUGGCAUCACCUGGGUCACCAUGCCCACUGCACAUGAUGGGAGCCCUUGGCACCCUGACGCAGGGGCUGCCUCCUGCCUCCCACCCUGCCCGGAGCCAGGCCCCUGCCUUUGGGUGCCAGCACCCCUGGGCCUCCCCCUGGCUCCAUGCUGCUCUGUGCCUGCCAGCUCCUGCCCACCCCAUUGCCUCCCUCCCCUGCUGUUGGUGUCCCCUGGAAGCCCAGCAUCACUGGAGGGACUGGCUGUACCAUAUGUAUUUUGUACCACUUCAGUGAAGGAGCACACUGCCCAGUGUGACUUGUAUACAGCAAUGUAAUUAGUCUUUGCAAUAAAAUGUCGAUCCUCAA